UGUCCGGCCACGGGUCAGAGUUGCAGAUUGAAAAAUGUGACCAAAAUUCCCCAAAUCCCAGCUGCUGAAAGCAGAAAUUACAUAUUAAAGGACUUAACACUGGCAUCUUCUAACUCCCAGCUGGCUCUGACUCUGCCAAAGAAGGUGCUCUCCGACCCCCCUGGAGCUGAAGAUGGACGUGAAGAGGGUGAAGGACUACCUGUACUGGCUCUACUACCAGUACCAGCUGGUGACAUGCAGCUAUGUGCUGGAGCCCUGGGAGCAGUCCAUGUUCCACACCAUCACUGUCACCGUGCUGGCCAUGGUGGUGUACACGGCCUACGUCUUCGUGCCCAUCCACGUCCGCCUGGCCUUGGAAUUCUUCUCGCAGAUUUUCGGGUCCCAGCCUGAGAGCACGGUGCUGAACUGAGCUGGUGGCAGCAGGGCCCAGCAGCUCUGUGAAAUCACCUCUGUGAUUUUGGCUCUUAGGAAAUCCCUGCUUGCUUCACCUGGAGAGCAGAGCGAGGCACCGAGCACGGCCCCUCGUCCAUAAACGCUCUGGGAAUGGGACACAGCAGCUGCAGUGACACAGGAUCCCAGCACUUCCAGCAGCCUCAUCCAACCAUCUCCACUCAGACACUCUUCUGGUGGCUCAUCACACUCAAAGUUUUACCAGCACGGCCCAGCAGCCAGGUUAGAGGAGAUAAAAAAUGAGGAUAUGCAGCAGGAGUGGAGCGCUCGUGUCUGGCUGGUGAUUGACUUCCAGGCUUCCAGAGAAAGCAACACGAGGAUGAACUUAAAUCCAGCUUUUUUCACGUCUAAGUUCCUGCAUCUGAGUUCACGUGGUCUAAAAUAUUUCCUUUUUGAAAAGAAUUCACCUCAUCUUGCAGUUUAGUGAGGAUGACAGGAAGAAGCAGCCCUGCUCUGUCUCAGUGCCCUCUUGCCUUCUCGGAUGAAAAUCAAAUCUCUUCUUGCUGCUCCCACUCAUCAAGGCAGCAAAGUGCAAAUCAACACCAGGGGAAGAGGAUCCAGAGUGGAAAUCAAAUUUUAAUACCUGCAGGGAAAGCUUAAAGAGAUCUCCUUUACAAAGAAGAAAUUUGAUUUAUUUCCAUUGCCUGUGGGGAGGUUUUGGAACAAUGGGAGGUUUGUUUGGUUUUCACUCUACACAAAUCAAACGUGGAUGCCAAAUCAUAAAUUACAGCUGCACACUGCACGUCUCCACCAGCUGAUGCUCCUGUUAGUAGAAGUGAGAGGUGCAAAAUGUAAAUAGCUUUCAAAUGAUGUUUGCACAGUUCUAGAUUAAAAUAAAAAACGAAAAAACAACCUCUUAACUUCUUUCUCGAGCUGCAGUGGGCUCCUGCAUGCUUCAAAGCACAAGUUUGUUUGGAAACGAAGACAUGUGGUGAAGGUUGCCCAGAUCUGAACAUGUGUAUGCAGUUUUUUCAGCCCAAAAAAAUAAAAUUUUAUUCUUCAGAAAC